AUGUCGAGACACGCUCGAAAGAACGUCUCGCAUGCAGCACAGCAACGACUGGCGACAAACGGUUUGGUAGUACUGCGCAACGACGUCGAGUUUCACGGCCUGGUACUGGACGAAAAUGAAGGUCACUUGGCAUCUGGCGCGUUUGGAACACUUGACAGCGAUGCCAAGUUUGACAGCAAACAAUUACGUCUGCCUGGCAUGAGCAUGCGCCCCAGCAAAGAAAUUUUCAAUCUCGCAGACCGUGUUUCCGUAGUGCUUGCCUUGUUCGGUGUGGUGUUUUCCGGGGCGAGCUCGGAAGAGUGCUCCCUGAAGCACGCUCAAACACACCCGGAACAGGGAGUGCUUCGCAGCCUCAACACCCGAGUCGGACCCUGCACCAACCACGAACAUACACUCUUUGCGACAUUUCGCGACAGUUGCUCCCACGUCGUCGUGUUCUGCGAGGCGGCCGUUGAGCCUCAAGUACCAGGGUUCCACAAGCGAGGUGGAGGCUGA